AUGGAACCCAGAAACCAAACAGAUGUUGCAGAAUUUCUUCUCGUGAGACUGACAGAGGAUCCAGAACCGAAGACCACUUUCUUCAAACUGUUCCUGUCCGUGUACCUGAUCACCAUCCUGGGAAACCUUCUCAUCAUCUAGGCUGUCAUCUCUGACUUCCAACUCCACACUCCCAUGUACUUCUUUCUCUCCAAUCUGUCCUUUACUGACAUCUGUUUCAGCACCACCAUGAUCCCAAAGAUCCUGGAGAACAUCCAAGCACAGAAUCAGAGCAUCACGUAUAGAGGCUGCCUCACCCAGAUCAGCUUUGUUCCGACUUUUGUUUGCUGGGAAAAUUUUCUCCUUUUAGUAAUAAUGGCCUACGAUCGUUAUGUGGCUAUUUGUCACCCACUGAGAUACACAGUCAGCAUGAACCCCCGCCUCUGUGUUCAGCUGAUUCUACUCUCCUUGUUCAUUAGCAUUGCAGAUGCCCUGUUCCAUAGUCUGAUGGUGCUGCAACUGUCCUUUUGCACAGACCUGGAAAUCUCCCUCUUCUGUGAAGUUGUUCAGGUCAUCAAACUUGCAUGUUCUGAUACCCUCAUCAAUAACAUCCUGGUAUAUUUUGCAGCUGGCAUAUUUGCUGGUGUUCCUCUUUCUGGAAUCAUUUUCUCGUAUAUUCAAAUUGUUUCCUCCAUUUUGAAAAUGCCCUCAUCAGGCAGAAAGUAGAAAGCUUUUUCUACCUGUGGGUCUCACCUCUCAGUGGUUUCCUUUUUCUAUGGGACAGCUUUUGGGGUGUACAUUAGUUCGGCAGUUACUGACUCUUCCAGGAAGACUGCAGUGGCUUCACUGAUGUACACUGUGGUCGCUCCUGUGAUGCACCCCUUCAUCUACAGCCUGAGGAACAGAGACAUGAAGGGAGUUUUGAGGAAACUUAUUGGUAGAGUAUUUCUUUUCUGUGAUUGUGUCAUCCGAUUUGGGAUGGGUUCACUAGAAUGA